CUAUUUUGACCUCACUCAGACAGUCACCACAGUCUUCACCUUGAAUGAUGUCAGUCACGUGACUGACCUUAGGAGGCUUGACUCGUAGUCUGUAAGAGUAUCCGAGUGACACUGCCUCCUCCUCUUUGCCUUACUCACCUCAUCCGAGACCGUGCCUUUCCAGGUGAGGAUUGCUCCUGAGUGAGCUUGGUAGCGGCUAGCAACAGCGCUGGUAAGUUAAGUUUGUUUGUGCCCUGACAACUCGCUGUUUGCAGGGGGAGGGGCGUUUGUUUGGCCUACCUUCGUGCGUUCACGCACAGUGAGUGGAAGCCAUAUAGCCUCAUUUUCUUCAACUGAGGUCUCUUUUUGUUGGUAUUUGGUUAUUGGAGUGAACACUAUUGUUCAGAUUAUUACAAGUAAGUGAAUAAGUGAACUAAUUUGAGUUAUAUUAUUCUCAUACACCGGUCGGUGUUAUUUUGCUUUGUUUGUUCACAAUACUAUUAAAUGCAUUGAUGAACUGAUUUGAGUUGUAUUAUUCUCAUACACCCGACGGUGGUAUUUUGAUUUGUUUGUUUGUUUGUUUGUUUAAUUGGUCCCCUGCUCGCAGUGGGUACACAAGUGUGACACAAGCCUCCGCUGUUUGCAGCGGCUGUGUUUGGGAAUGGCCUCCCAGUGGUGUAGAUAUUGCCGGGUGGCCAUGGAUCCCCGUGAUGGCCAUAGAGAGCGCCUCCACUGUUUGGGAGUGGCACAUCUGGUGGAGGACAGUGAGAUUCCAUGCCCUGCAGCUGCAGAGCUCUCUCUGGAGGAGCGUAGGCGCAAGGCAAGGCUGGUGGAGGAGACAACGCAAAAUAAGAUGGCGGCUCACCCUCCUCCAAGUAAACCAAAAGAAGGCAGACAUGCCUCUAAGUGGAGCAAGAGUCUCAAGCGGGACCACAGUCCCGAUCACGAUCACUCGGGGAAGUCUGCACAUAAGAGGCAGCUUAGCCCUGAAAAGCGGGGACAGCAGGAGGACACACAAAUUCAAAUCCUGGCUGCAAUUCAGAGCCUAUCGGAUCAGCUGACUAGGAUCGCAGCUCAACGUCCAGUCGCUGGCUCAUCCUCAGGGGUUCAGGAGCCCCUGAGGAGCCACCACAUCAGUCAGAGAGGCAAGGUUCACCUGAUGUCCUCUCACUGUAUGCUCACAGUUCCUUUGGGGGGAGCGCCGGACUGUCUGGAAAUGCUGAGGAGGAUCUGGGAAGUAUGCCGGACAAUGAGACCCCAGCUCAGGAUGAGCAGAGGCUCCGAGUUCAGUAGAGGGAGUGUGGGCAGGUAUUUCUCAGCCCCAGCCCUCAGUGACUGUUCCAGCGGCGGCAGACUAUCUACAGAUUCUUAGAAAAGCAUGGAACAACCCGGCAGCUGCGCCACAAUUUAACGCAGGGUCUUGCAGGCUGACAAGACCCCAGUACGCCUCUGAGACCGGCCUGGUGGACAUGCCGCCUGUGGAAAGGGAGAUGGCGGCCCUGACGUCGCUCAGCCCAGAGCGAGUAACUGCCAACCCUCAUUGCCCAGUUAAGGAGUGUCACAAGACAGUCUUGUGUGCCAUACAUAUAAUGCAGCCACAAGAGCAGCACGCUCAGGUAAUGCAUUGGCUAUUCUGCUGUCUGUCAGCCAAGUGGAUCAGGACACUAUGAGCCUGAUUGAGGGGGCUCUGGUUACUCAUGCCCAACUCACGAGAGAUAUAGGGGUAGCCAUGUCAUCUGUUCAAGGUCCUCCCCUUCGGCCUGUCACUUUCCCCCAGAGUGUUUACCAGGGUGGUGGCAGCCGCGUUGUCUCCGUUGCAGAUAGCUGGUCUGAAAAUCUUGCCCUAUCUGGACGACUGGCUAGUCUGUGCUCCAAGUCGCAGUCAGGUGCUCCAGGACACAAGGAGGGUCAUGGACCAUGUGCAAGACUUGGGCCUCAAGGUAAAUUUGGGGAAAAGCAAUCUCGAACCAACACAGCAUGCAGUGUUUGUGGGGUUAUGUUUCAACUCUCUCACUGUGUCGGCCUCCCUCACUCCUCUGAGGGUUGCAAAGCUGGUAGCCCUGGCAGAGCAGUUUCAGCUUGGCAGGCAGAUGGAGGUAGCUCAGAUUCAGAGACUGCUAGGGAUGAUCUCAGCAGCAGUGUCAGUGGUUCCCUUGGGCCUGCUCAGAGCUCGGCCUUUGCAGAGGUGGCUAAAUGCUUUCCGUCUUCAUCCAAAACGGGACAGACGGGUAAAGCUCAGGAUAACACGGCGGUUUAUACAAGCCCUCCGCCCUUGGAGGGACAAAUCCCUCUUGACUGGUGGGGGUUCCAAUGGGGGAUGUUCCGUCGCGGCGAGCGGUGGUGUCCACAGAUGAUCUCCCUGACAGGCUGGGGUGCAGUCUGGGAAGGCAGGACAGUGAGGGGUGUGUGGAGUCCCCAACAGAGGGGCCAAUACAUCAACCUGUUGGAAUUGAGGGCAGUCCACCUGGCGUUGAUGGGACUUCUCCCCUUUAUCAGGGGCAAGCAUGUCUUGGUGAAGUCAGACAACUCUUCCACUGUCUACCACAUCAAUCAUCAAGGGGGCACCAGGUCUCUCUGUCUACAGGCGACCAGGGAACUUUUGCUGUGAGCAUUUCCCCGUCUAGCAUCCCUCAGGGCCAUUUUCAUCCCAGGGGUUCACAAUCAGGCAGCCAAUCUCGGGACCCCGAGAUUGGCUGGGCAACUGGAGGUUGCACCCAGAGGUAAUGGCAUGGCUCUGGUCCCGAUUCAGCAGGGCGCAGAUCGAUCUCUGUGUCGGUGAGGACGACACACUGCGAGGAGUGGUUCUCUCUGGAGCCUCAAGGAGCUUCCCUGGGAAUAGAUGCGCUGCCGCAAGAGUAGCAGACAGGCUUGUUGUACGCUUUUCCCCUGUUACCUCUGAUUCCCCAUGUUGUCCACAGGGUGGCGACAGGACAUUACAGGGUUCUACUGACUGCUGUCGCAAGUGGACGGUCAGAUCUGGCACCCCAGACCAGCAACUCUGCAGUUGUGGGCGUGGCCGAUCUGCAGCCCCAGCCUGAGGAGUUAGAUGAGGCAGUUAUACAGACAAUACGUAGUGCUAGAGCUUUUUCCACUUGGGCUAGCUACAGUCAGAAAUGGACGGUGUUCUCUGACUGGUGUUACAGGCAGCAGGUAGACCCGGCCACUUGUUCUGUUCACCUGGUGUUGCACUUCCUGCAGUCUCUUUUGGAUUCAGGAAAGGCGUCUAGUACGACGUGUGUUUAUGUGUGUGUAUUCAGUUGCAAUUUCUUGCUUUCAUGAGCCAGUGGGAGGAGUCUAAGUGGGGAGACACCCCUUGGUCUCUGAGUUUGUUAAGGGCACGUAUCUGACCUGUCAUGUCCCAUGUAUGGCACUGUAUGUUCAUCAACUUUUCAUCAACACACCAUGGCUGCUGACACCUGUUCUGAGACAGGAUCAUCAGAUGAGAAGAGAAGGGCACCACACUGUAAGAAAGUUGUAUGAAAUUAUCUUCUGUGAUGAAUACUGCUUCUUUUAUGCCACUCAUUCCUGUAGGCUUCAGUAUUUACUGACAUACCCCCAGUCAACUGCUUGAAACCAGGGUGCAAUGGAUAUGUAACUACAGAUGAUCUUAGCAACAAUAUGGCUCAUACCAAAAAAUUAACCCCUCCACCUCCUUAUAACAAAGUCAGCUCACAUAGUACGUCACUUUGAAAAUGUUGACAUGAUAUGUAUGAAUACAAAUGUAAAGUACCUGUGGUUUGCAGAAAUGUACAAUGCCAAUAUUUUCUUCUGGUGAUUGGACUGAUCAAGGAUUACGCUAAGCGGAAAAAACGGAUCCUUUGGGGAAGAUUGAUAUGUUCUGCAAGCAGCAAUCUGCCCUAUAGGUACACUGUUCAUAGACACUAUAGCCCAUUUCCCACUGCACAAAACAUCCACUAACAUCUGUUAACAUCUGGCUUUUUAAUGCAGUGGGAAAGGUUUUAAUUGGCACUCACACCUGGGUCCAUUGACUCAGUAAUCACGGGUAUUUAUCACCUCUAACUUCGAUUGGCAUUGAUGGAAACACAACACCCAGGUGAACACGCUAAUUUUAGCUCCUAUGACACAUCAUCUCAAAACACCGUCCAUCUUCACCCAAGCAGCGCUUAAAAAUUGAUCUAAAUUAGUCUGCACUGAGUUUGAAAGAGAGACUGAGUCAGUAAGAGAUAAAAAUAAGUAACCACUGUAAAUUUUCUUUCCUCCGUGCUGCUGUCUUAUAGUGCUUUCUACUGUUUACCUGUUCUCCAGCCUAUAUGUGACAUUGAAUACGAAAGGAGUCGACAGCCUAUUUUUAGCGGAUUUAUCUAUAUUUUGAAAACCAACGUACGUAAGCUAAUUUUGGUGGAAGCAGAGUAUAUUUUUGUGUACAAAAGGAAAGGUUUCCUUUCUUUAGAAUCAUUUGGAUUUAUCCUCAGGAGAUAAUAAAUAUUCACAACAAAGUCCAUGGAAAUCUUGCCAUUACAUUUUUAUGGUAGCCUACCUUGUCAUAGAGAAGUAUCAUGUUGCCCAAAUGGAAAUUUUGUCUUGAUGGAUACAUUAAAGGAAAUGGGGCUAGUAGUUAUAUAUUUAUUUUUUGAUCAAAGGGUUGUGCCUGUGUCUAUUGCCUGUGUGGCUACAGAAAACAUUAUCUUCUAACAUCAGAAAAGCAGCAGGAACAUUUAUAUGUGAACACAUAUGUGAAAUAUACUGAUAUUCUGUCUGUGUUUGCUGUUUUAUGGCAUUUUGUAUUCAUAUCUCAUGAAGACACAAUCAGAAAAGCUGUCCUAAAAUGAACAGGAUCAGGUAGGGAGCAGUGCAAUAUAGUCACACUAUAGUGUUAGUCCUUAAAGUGAUAAAUCAAAAAAAAAAAAAAAAAAAGAAUAAAAAAUAAAUAAAUAAUCCAAAUAAUGACCUAUUGUCUUACUCCCAGUUCCACAGAGAUAUAAACCUGACAGCUCAGCUGAGUUGGUAAAGGUGUCAUGCUGUUUGCUGUGUUUACUGCAUGUUUAUCAUCACAGCUUAGGUCCUGUUAACUCUCAAAGCCAUACAGAAUUCCUGUGGGAACCACAUAAAGAGGUCUGGAACUAUAUUACACUUAUCAAUGCCUCACCAAUUAAGAUCAAAUUCAUUUUAUCACCAGAGACUUUUAGAAACUAUUACAAGAAAGAAUACAUCACUGAUGUUGAUCACUGAAACUAUUCUUUAACAUAGUGGACAGCUAUUUGGUUUGGUUUCUGUCUUGGCUCACACACAUAACCAAAGGUCAGACUGAAGGUAUAAUGUUUUUCCUUCUGAAUAUGUUUACAGUGCCAACAUUGACACUUAGAUAAUACAACAAACACAAGCACAAACAGACAUAACAAGACCUCUAGACUGUACUGUAAAUCUUGCACAUUAGAUACAGAGGCCCUGAAAAGGAAGGUGGAAAUAUUGUUAAGUAGUUUUGAUAUCUAUUAUCUUGCCUGGACAACAUUACUAAUGGAAAAAAAAUUCUGGGGCAAACCAAAGUUUGUGGUUAACAUGUGGUUAGGUUUAGGCACAAAAUGUGGUUACAGUUAGGAAAAAAUCAUGUUUUAGCUUAAAAUGACUGCUUUUUGUGCCACAAUCCCCCGUGUGAAAACAGUGACAGGUCAAUGCACCCAUAUUUGUUGGCUAAAAAGCAGCAGUGAUUCAUUAAAACACAAUUACUUUCAUUAUUUGUUGGCCCUCUAUCCCCCAAUGACAAAGUCAGCUCAUCAGCUUUAGAAGAGUUGGUAUGAAAUGUAUGAAAUAUGGAAAUGUAAAAUUUCCAUGGUUUGCAGAAACCUACAAUGCCUAUAUUUUCCUCUGGCGACGGGGCUCUCCAAAAUUAAGGAUGUAGAAUAGGAGCCAGAGCCUUCAGCUAUCAGGCUACUCUUCUGUGGGAACAUCUUCCUAAGAGUAGAUUGUGGACUUUUCUCUUUGAUAAAGCUUAUAGUUAGGGCUGGCUCAGGCUUGCCUUGGAUCAGCCCUGAGUUAUAUACCUAGUCUGCCGAGGGGCCUCCUAUGAUACACUGAGCCCUUUCUCUCCUCUCUCUCUCUCCCUCUCUCUCUUGCUUUCAGAUUCUGAAAAGUUGGUUUUUCAUCUGCUAACAUUCAUGUCCUAUUGCAGCAGGUCACUAUCUCGGCUUCUUCUCUAAAGUCUUUGUGCUCCAGUGUCUCACAGGUUCCCUCAAAUCACAACUGCCCCUGGAUUGUGUGGUUGUGCUGCUGCCGUGGUCCUGCCUGAUGCCUCCUACUACUUCUGUUAUUAUUCAUCAUGCUUCUACUAUUAUUAUACACCUAUGAUUAUUACUGUCACAUACAUAUACAAACAUAUAUUAAAAUAUACUCAUAAUAUAUAUCAAAAUACUAUUAUUACAAUAUUAUUUCUUAAAUAAAUGUUAUUGUAGCUAUUGUCAGUACUGUUUCCCAUGAAUCUCUGUCUCAUAUCCUCUCUCUGUCUCUCCCUCUCUUGUCAUAUGGAUUAUUGCUCUUCCUGAGGUUUCUACCGUUUUUUCCCUGUUAAAGAGUUUUUGGGGAGUUUUUCCUUAUCAGCUGUGAGGGUCCUAAGGACAGAGGGAUGUCGUGCACUGUAAAGUCCUCUGAGGCAAAUUGUGGUUCUUUUUUUUUCUUUUUUUUUUAAAGAAUAUGUUAAUUGCAUUUUUUACAUAAAACAGAACAGAACAGCUAGGGUAGUAGUUGAAAAUAAGAGAGUAAAAUAAGAGCAAUGAAAAAGAAAUUAGUUGGAAAAAAAAAAUUAAAUAAAAAAUGCGCCCCACCCCCCCAACGGCCCAGCCUGUGUUGUGUUCAGAUGUUGUCCCGUAAAUAACAAAUUCCAGCACUUGAAUAGGCCAUAGCAGAGAUGUUAACUGAGCACAACCCUCUAUUGUACAAAUGGAUCUCCAGGCCUUCACGGUACAUAAGGUUAUAGAAUUAGUAAAGAGGUCCUUGGAGCGACGGUAGCAUAGUGGAUAGUGCUGGCGCCCCAUAUAUAAAGGCGAUUCUUUGAUACCACAGCGGUCGCAGGUUCGACUCUGGCUUGCUACCCUAUCUGCAUGUCAUUCCCC